AUGAACAAGGCCUCGUUUCUCUUCUUUCUCCUCCUUUGCACCAACACUUUAUUCUCAGCACAAUGCUUUGAUCAGCCGGAAGAAGCCGCCGUUGGCCUCGACCUCGGCGGGCUUAGUCGAGACACUUUCCCGAAGAAAUUCGUGUUCGGGACGGCAUCCUCCGCCUAUCAAGUCGAGGGCAUGGCCGACAAGGACGGUCGAGGCCCAAGCAUUUGGGAUACUUUCAUCAAAGUUCCCGGACGCGAGCCCAAUAAUGCCUCUGGAGAAGUGUCAGUGGACCAAUACCACAAAUACAAAGAGGACAUUGAUCUUAUGGCCAAGAUGAACUUUGAUGCCUACAGAUUCUCAAUUUCUUGGUCCAGAAUAUUCCCAAAUGGAACUGGAAAGGUCAAUAGGAAGGGAGUUGCUUACUAUAACAGGUUGAUCAACUACAUGCUCAAAAAAGGAAUCGAACCGUAUCCGAAUCUUAAUCAUUACGAUCUUCCUCAAGCGCUUCAGGAUAGAUACAACGGGUGGCUUGGCCGUGAAGUAGUGAAAGAUUUUGCCGAUUAUGCCGAGUUCUGUUUCAAAACAUUUGGAGACAGGGUAAAGAACUGGCAGACAUUCAACGAGCCUAGAGUGGUAGCUGCCCUGGGAUAUGAUAACGGGUUUUUCGCACCCGGAAGGUGCUCUAAAGCCUUUGGAAACUGCACGGAGGGAAAUUCGGCCACCGAGCCUUAUAUCGUUGCCCAUAAUCUCAUUCUAUGUCAUGCAGCCGCUGCUCAGAGAUACCGUGACAAAUAUCAGGAAAAACAAAAUGGUAGGAUCGGGAUUCUGUUGGAUUUCGUUUGGUACGAGCCCCUUACGAGAUCCAAAGCGGACAAUUAUGCAGCGCAAAGGGCAAGAGAUUUUCACAUCGGAUGGUUUAUGCAUCCUCUGGUGUAUGGAGAGUAUCCAAAAACAAUGCAGAAUAUAGUCGGGAAGAGGCUGCCGAAGUUCACAAAAGAUGAGGUCGAAAUGGUGAAGGGCUCCUUCGACUUUGUUGGCAUAAAUCAGUACACAACAUACUACAUGUACGAUCCACACCAGGGAAAACCAAAGGACUUAGGCUACCAACAAGAUUGGAACUGUGGAUUUGCUUAUGAUCGUCACGGAGUGCCAAUCGGGCCAAGGGCGCACUCAGAAUGGCUUUACAUCGUGCCAUGGGGUUUGUACAAAGCCGUAAACUACAUCAAAGAACGCUAUGGCAAUCCCACUAUUAUUUUGGCUGAGAAUGGGAUGGAUCAGCCAGGCAACCUAACGCUCCCAAAGGUCUUGCACGACGAGGAGAGGAUCAAUUACUACAAAAGUUAUCUUAUACAAUUGAAAAAGUCUAUAGACGAGGGAGCGAAAGUGAUUGGCUACUUCCAGUGGACGUUUGUCGACAACUUUGAGUGGAGAUUGGGUUAUACGUCAAGAUUUGGAAUCGUGUACGUGGAUUUCAAAACCCUCAAGAGGUACCCCAAGAUGUCGGCUUACUGGUUCAAGCGUCUGCAACAGAAGCAUAAACAUUAA